AUGCCCCUUCUACGAAUCUUUGGCAGCAAGAAGGGCAUCCCGAACUACACAGCCAACCGGCUCCAGCGGUGGGCGCUUACACUACUCUCAUACGACUUUGCAAUCGAGUACGUGCCCACAGACAAGUUCGGAAAUGCUGACAUCCUAUCACGACUCAUCAGUCAGCAUGUCAAGCCAGAUGAAGACUUCGUAGUCGCCUGCACCAACGUGGAAGAGGAUCUAAGGUCAGUUAUCACAAGUAAUAUUAAUCAUCUACCUCUCAGUUUUAGUAUGGUGCAAAACGCAACACAAACCGAUUCUUUACUGGGUAAGGUGGCCCGCUUUACAAGUGCUGGAUGGCCACGCAAUCGUUCCGAUCUUAAGAAUUGGGAGCUACAAUGUUUCUUCGACCGCCGUGAAAGUCUGACCGUGGUCCAAGGUUGCGUCGUAUUCGGCGAAAGGCUUGUGGUUCCCCAAAUCUACCGCAAACGUUGUCUCGCCCAGCUCCACAAAGGCCACCCGGGCAUCCAGAGGAUGAAAUCCAUCGCCCGAAGCUUCGUUUACUGGCCCGGUAUCGAUCAGCACAUCAUCGACUACAUCAAGGCUUGCCAGCCAUGCGCUUCCGUUGUUCGCACUGCAGAAAAAGCUCCACCUGUUCCUUGGCCUGCUACACCUGGUCCAUGGUAUCGGGUUCACAUCGAUUACGCAGGCCCACUCGACGGUGAAUAUUUCCUGGUAGUCGUCGAUGCUCACAGCAAGUGGCCAGAAAUAUUCCCCACGAAAAGCAUAACUUCAGGCGCCACAAUCAACAUUCUGCGCACACUUUUUGCCAACAAGGGAAUGCCCGAGGUUUUGGUCUCCGAUAACGGCACGCAAUUCACAAGCGCAGAUUUUGGCAAAUUCUGCAGCGAAAAUGGAAUCAAUCACCUUACUACACCCCCAUUCCAUCCGCAAUCCAACGGCCAAGCCGAAAGAUUUGUGGACAGUUUCAAGAGAGCGACGAAGAAAAUCCAGCAGGGGGAAGGAUCCGUUAAGCAAGCUUUGGAUACCUUUCUGCUUACUUACCGGACAACCCCGAAUGCCAACGUACCUGAAGGUAAAUCGCCAGCAGAAGUGAUGUACGGUCGACCGAUUCGUAUAUGCCUGGAUUUACUACGAAUUCCACAACCAAAUCCGAAAGUCGAGAUUGAAGAAUCCAACAAACAACCAAGGUCGUUCGAGCGCAAACAACUAGUCUACGCCAAGGUUUACGCAAACAACAAGUGGACUUGGGAACCAGGAGAGGUGCUAGAGAAAGUCGGGCACGUGAUUUACAACGUUUGGGUAAACGACCGGAAGCUGAUUCGGUCUCACAUCAACCAACUUCGUCAACGUUUUCCGGCUCAAGAAAAAUCUGGUCCAUCACCAACAAAAGACACCCAUCUGCCUCUUAGCAUCUUGUUGGAUGAAUGGGACCUCCCGUUCCAGACUUAA